CUCUCUGGAGAUCCGCCCCCAAAACCGACGUCUUGAGGCUGGUGCUGUAUCUCACCUUCCUGGGAGCCCCCUGCUAUGCCCCAGCUCUGCCCUCCUGCAAAGAGGAUGAGUACCCAGUGGGCUCCGAGUGCUGCCCCAAAUGCAGUCCAGCCAUGGGUGUGAUGAGGCCCUGGGCCCAGGUGCGCAGACAGUGAGGGCAGGACCCCCAGGCCAGCAGCUUGGACUCUUCACCCUGGGGGACCCUCACAGCCACACUGCACAGGGGGUGGGUCUGAGGGACGUGGCUGGCCUACCGUGGCCGGAGACAUGGGCUCAAGGGGCACAUACCAGAGCUGGGCCAGGUUACCGCGUGAAGCACGUCUGCGGGGAGCUGACGGGCACAGUGUGUGAACCCUGCCCUCCGGGGACCUACAUUGCCCACCUCAAUGGCCUGGGCAAGUGUCUGCAGUGCCAAAUGUGUGACCCAGCCAUGGGCCUGCGCGCGAGCCGGAACUGCUCCAGCACAGAGAACGCCGUGUGUGGCUGUAGCCCAGGCCACUUCUGCAUCGUCCAGUACGGGGACCACUGCGCCGCGUGCCGCGCUUACGCCACCUCCAGCCCGGGCCAGAGGGUGCAGAAGGGAGGCAUCGAGAGUCAGGACACCCUGUGUCAGAACUGCCCCCCGGGGAACUUCUCUCCCAAUGGGACCCUGGAGGAAUGUCAGCACCGGACCAAGUGCAGCUGGCUGGUGACGAAGGCUGGACCUGGGACCAGCAGCUCCCACUGGGGAUGGUGGUUUCUCUCAGGGAGCCUCAUCGUCGUCAUUGUUUGUUUCAUACUUGGCCUAAUCAUACGUGUGAAAAGAAGAAAGCCAAGGGGUGAUGUAGUCAAGGUGAUCGUCUCCGUCCAGCGGAAAAGACAGGAGGCAGACGGUGAGGCCACAGUCAUCGAAGCCCUGCAGGCCCCUCCAGACGUCACCACGGUGGCCGUGGAGGAGACAGUACCCGCAUUCACGGGGAGGAGCCCAACCACUGACCCAGAGACUCCGCACCCCGACGCCAGAGAUACCUGGAGCGACGGCUGCUGAAAGAGGCUGUCCGCCUGGAGGAGCCACCGCAGCCGGGAGGCUUGGGGGUUCCUCCCUGGGCUGGCUUCCAUCUCCUCCAGUGGAGGGAGAGGUGGGGCCCCUGCUGGGGUGGAGCUGGGGACGCCGUGUGCCAUUCCCAUGGGCCAGUGAGUGCCUGGGGCCUCUGUUCUGCUGUGGCCUGAGCUUCCCAGAGUCCUGAGGAAGAGCACCAGUUGCCCAUCGCUCACGGACCACACACCCAGCCCUCUUGGGCCAGCCCAGAGGGCCCUUCAGACCCCAGCUGUCUGCGCGUCUGACUACUGCGGCCUCAGCAGGACAGGCCCCGGGCACUGCCUCAUGGCCAAGGCUGGGCUGGGUUGGCCACAGUGUGGUGUUAAGUGGAUAUCACAUUUGAAGUGAUUUUCUAAAUUGGAUUUGA